GCAACAUAGGAACAUGGUGGUGAGGCUGUGCUCCCGAGGCGGGCUGCUACCGCGGCUGCUCUUCUCGCCUCAGAAGCCCAAGAUUUACGUCCCCACGGCUGGGCGCAAGGCCGCGUACGGAACAGUAACCUCUGCCAAAGUGUCUGUGAAUGGCGUUCACCUGCAUUAUCAGCAGACUGGAGAGGGCGAACAUGCAGUCCUGCUGCUUCCUGGGAUGUUGGCUGUUGUAAUGAAGGAGGACAUUUAUUCUAAUAACCAAGGUCAAACUAAAGUCGUCUGUCACAACAACAACUUACCAGGAAGCGGAGAGACUGAUUUUGCACCCCAACUUAAAAGCCUAAAUAAGAACCUCUUCACUGUGGUGGCCUGGGAUCCUCGAGGAUAUGGACAUUCCAGACCCCCAGAUAGAGACUUCCCAGUGGACUUUUUUGAAAGGGAUGCAAAAGAUGCUGUUGAUUUGAUGAAGACGCUGAAGUUUAAGAAGAUCUCUCUGCUGGGAUGGAGUGACGGUGGCAUAACUGCACUCUUUGCUGCUGCGAAGUAUCCAUCUUACAUCAAUAAGAUGGUGAUUUGGGGAGCUAAUGCCUAUGUCACUGAAGAGGAUGAAAGAAUUUAUCAGGGUAUCCGAGAUGUCUCUAAAUGGAGCGAAAAAGCAAGGAAGCCUCUAGAAGCCCUGUAUGGAUAUGACUACCUUGCCAAAACCUGUGAAAAGUGGGUGGAUGGCAUAGGACAGUUUAAACAUCUACCAGAUGGUAACAUCUGUCGGCACUUGCUGCCCCUGGUUCAGUGUCCCACCCUAAUUGUGCAUGGAGAGAAGGAUCCUCUGGUCCCACGUUUUCAUGCUGACUUCAUACAUGAGCAGGUGAAAGGGUCACGGUUACAUCUUAUGCCAGAAGGCAAACACAACCUGCAUUUACGUUUUGCUAAUGAAUUCAACAAGUUAGCAGAAGACUUCUUACAAUGAAAACACCCCUCAGAACUUUUGUGUCUUGGUGGUUCCUUAGCAUGGGGCUUGAACAUGUCACUGCCUGUUAACAUAAUGUCCUGAAGCUUGGAAACUCCCUGCUUUAUAUCACAGCUCAGUUCACCUGUCUUCCCAGGCUCUCUACCCACCCAACAAUGUGAUUGUAAGCAAACAGGAAUGACUAUGGACAGCAGCUUCUAGCUUUAAUAAUUAUAAAGAUGAAAUCUUAUUUUUAAACAUUAACUUGUGAGUUUCUAUCAUUGUCAAGUAAAUUCCUGACAUAAUUUAUUUUCAAAUAAACUUUAAGGGGAAGUUU